AUGCCCAUCACGAACAUUCUCGCUCGUCAGAUCUUUGACUCUCGUGGCAACCCGACUGUUGAGGUGGAGCUGACCACGGAGUGCGGCACCUUCCGCGCGGCGGUGCCCAGCGGCGCCAGCACCGGCGUGCACGAGGCGCUGGAGCUGCGCGACAACGACAAGACCAAGUACCACGGCAAGUCGGUGCUGAAGGCCAUCAACAACGUCAAUCAGAUCAUCGCCCCGAAGUUGGUCGGCUCGAAUGUGGACGUCACCAACCAGGCGGCCGUGGACGACCUGCUCUGCAAGCUGGACGGCACCGAGAACAAGGGCACCCUGGGCGCCAACGCCCUGCUGGGCGUGUCGAUGGCCGUGGCCAAGGCUGGUGCCGCGAAGAAGGGCGUCCCCCUGUACCAGCACCUGGGCGACCUCGCCGGCAGCAAGUCCUUCAUCAUGCCCGUUCCCGCAUUCAACGUCAUCAACGGUGGCUCGCACGCCGGCAACAAGCUGGCCAUGCAGGAGUUCAUGAUCCUCCCCACUGGAGCCUCCAGCUUCAGCCAGGCGAUGCGCAUUGGCAGCGAGGUGUACCACCACCUGAAGGCAGUCAUCAAGAAGAAGUACGGCCUCGAUGCGACCUGCGUCGGCGACGAGGGCGGCUUUGCCCCCAACAUUCAGAACAACAAGGAGGCGCUGGAGCUGGUGAAGACGGCCAUCGCCAUGGCUGGAUACACUGGCCAGGUGGAGAUUGGAAUGGACGUGGCCGCCUCUGAGUUCUACGCCGACGGCAAGUAUAAUCUGGACUUUAAGAGUGCCUCCAGCAAGCAGCUGGUCGACUCGAAGGGCCUGGCCAUGCUCUACUGGGAGUUCAUCCGCGACUACCCCGUGGUCAGCAUCGAGGACCCCUUCGAGCAGGACGACUGGCAGGCCUGGGUGAACUUCACCGCCAGCGUCUCCAUUCAGGUGGUCGGCGACGACCUGACGGUGACCAAUCCGAAGCGCAUUCAGACGGCGGUGCAGAAGAAGGCCUGCAACUGUCUGCUCCUGAAAGUGAACCAGAUUGGCACCGUCACCGAGUCGAUCAAGGCCCACCAGCUGGCCAAGGCCAACGGCUGGGGCACCAUGGUCUCCCACCGAUCGGGCGAAACGGAGGACACCUUCAUCGCCGACCUGGUGGUCGCCCUCUCCGCCGGUCAGAUCAAGACCGGUGCCCCCUGUCGCUCGGAGCGAACUGCCAAGUACAACCAGCUGCUCCGGAUUGAGGAGCAGCUCGGCGCCGGCGCCAAGUUUGCCGGCAAGAACUUCCGCAACCCAGUCUAA